AACACAUCCAAAACUACCCCUCCCAAUCAUGGGCAACCUCAAUCUCUUCCAAACCCUAAUUCUUGCUCUCAACUUGGGGUUUUUGCACCUCUCCCUAGCAUGCCCAUAUUGUCCGAACCCAAACCCCAAACACCCCCCUAAGAUCAAGCCACCCCCGCCUGAGUCACCACCCCAUGGCCCCCCCUACAAGCCACCCCACACCCCCAAGCCACCCUCUCAUCAUCACACCCCUCAUGUGCCUAAGCCACCCAUCCACCACCCUCCUAACCACCCGAACCCAUCACCGCACGUGCCUAAACCACCCGUUGUCCACCCCCCGGUCAACCCUAAACCGCCACAUACCCCUAAACCACCCAUUGUCCACCCCCCGGUAAACCCUAAACCACCACAUACCCCUAAACCACCUGUUGUCUACCCCCCGGUAAACCCUAAACCACCCAUUGUCUACCCCCCGGUAAACCCUAAACCACCCGUUGUCUACCCCCCAGUCAACCCUAAACCACCAGUUGUCUACCCCCCGGUAAACCCUAAACCACCCGUUGUCUACCCCCCGGUCACCCCGGCCCCGCCGACCAAUCCCGAGCCACCGACCACUCCAACCCUACCGCCGCCGGAAACGCCAUGUCCGCCGCCUCCACCGGCCGUGUCACCACCGCCGCCGCCACAAACAUGCCCGACGCUAAAGCUGGACGCGUGCGUGGACGUGCUAGGCGGGCUGAUCCACAUAGGGAUCGGGAGCGGCGCGAAGGAGGCGUGCUGCCCGGUUCUCGGCGGGCUGCUGGACCUAGACGCGGCGCUGUGCCUCUGCACGACCAUUAAAGCGAAGCUGCUCAACAUCAACAUCAUCAUUCCCAUUGCUCUUCAGCUCCUCCUCGAAUGCGGCAAGACUCCACCUUCUGGCUUCCAAUGCUCUGCUUGAACAAUCCACCAAUCUAUGCUACUUUUCUCCAAAAUUAAUUGUGUUAGGGUUUAUCGUUUCCUUUCUUCUUCUUUUUAUUUUUAUUUUUUUUAAUUGAGUUUGCAUUGUAGUAGUAAUUUUCUGAUUCGAAACGAAUGUUAGUACUACUAUUCGUUGAAUGAUCUUUCUUUGCAUA